ACCCAACCCUCCCCAGUCCCCCCGCUCCAUUCUCCACCCCCAAUCCCCGAACCCUAGCGCCGCGCCAUGGCCCGCAAGCGCCGCGCCCCCUCGCCCGCGCCGCCGCCGCCUCCUCCUCCGCCGCAGGAGGAGUCGUCCUCCGAGGAGUCCGGCUCCUCCUCCGAGGAGGAGCCUCCUCGCGCCGCAGCACCCCAAAACCCCUCGCAAAACCCUCGACCCGCUCCCUCCGCCGCCGACUCGUCGGAGGAGGACUCCGAAACAGACGCGCAUGCCUUCCAGCUGCGCCAGGUCGCCCGCUCCCCGAGCAAGGCGCCGGCCCCGGCCCCCCAGCCCGAAUCCGACGACGAGGAGGAGGGCGAGUCGUCGGAGUCGGAGCCCGAGAUCCCAAAGCCGGUUCAAAAGAAGGCGGCGGCACAGAAGUCCAAAGCGGAGCAGGACAGGAAGAGGUCCGCGCCUGAGCCCGCUCCGUCCGGCAAGGCCAAGAAGGCCAAGGCUGCGGCGCCUGAGGCUACUCCGCCUAGCAAGUUGAAGAAGUCCAAGGCCGAGUCAGAGAAGACGGCGGUGGCGCCUGAGCCCAUUCCGUCCGGCAAGGCGAAGAAGCCCGGAUCCAAGCUGGAGCACCCUGCGCUUGAUCCCUCGCCGUCCAUUAAGUCUGAGAAGCUUGCGAGGACUCUGCGCACAUGGACAAAGGAUGAUGAGAUGAAGAUCUUAGAGGUCCUUGCCACGCAUGUCAAGAGUGAGGGCGUGCUGCCAAAGACCGAGUACCUUCUUGGUGCCCUUCGUGACCGCCUCAACAGGAAAAACUGCAGCUACACGGACAUGUAUGAGAAGGUGCGAAGGCUCAGGGAGCGUUAUGAGAAAGCAGUGAGCACGGGCACACUGCCAAGUGAAGAGGAUGAGCUCCAGAUGUAUAAUCUCUCAGAAUCAGUCUGGGGAGAGAAGGCAAAGGAGGCUAUCGCUGCCGCUACAUCUCAAAAUGAUGGCAUUCUGAAAAAGAGUAAGAAGGGACAGGCAAACAAAGAGAAAAUGGAUGGAAAUUCAAAGGAUGCCACGUCGAAGGAGACCGUCACCAGUAUCGCCAAUCGUGAUGGUAAUACUCAGAAAGGGAGUAAGAAGGGGCAGGCCAUCAAAGAGAAAACAGAUGGAAAUGUAAAGAGCAGGGUGUCUAAGGAGGCUACCACUACUGCUACCCCGAGAAAGAGUAAGAAGCAUGGAAAUCACAAAGAGGAAUGGGAUGAAGAUGCAAAGCGCACGCUGAAGGAAGCCACUACUGCCACUCAAAAUGGCGGUGCUUUGACCAAGAGCAAGAGGGGGAAGACUGACAAAGAGAAGAUGGACAGAGGUACGCAGAGUCUCGUGCCAAAGGCAGCCACAAGUGCCACUCACAAUUGUGGCACCCCGACUAAGAGUAAGGAAGAGGAAACAGAAAGAGAUGCUAAUGUGCAAGGCAUGCACAGGGGUUUUGAUGACUUGCAGAAGUUGUAUUCCAACCUUGCUGCUUAUGUGGAGAUAAUUGAGGUGCAGCAUCCAUGCGGGGAGACUCUGAAGAGAGCAUUUGAGUUUAUUGGUGAUGAGAAGGCACAUGCUCUGGACUCGAAGAUCAAAAAGCAAAGAAUUGCGGAGGCGAAGGUGCAGAUCCAUCGAGCGGACAUAAAGAAGCAGGUUCUCAAUACAUUGAUCAGCUUGGUGGACUAAACCUUUGUGGUGUUCUCAAGCUUAUUAUGUGAUGGCUGGAUAGAAGAUUCAAGCUGCAAAGGGUGAUUUGGUAUGAAUUUAAGGGGUGAGAUGCGAAGUGUUUAACCGGAGGCGAUUUAUGUAGUUGUCAGCAAAUAUCAUGUGAGUGUUAGUGAUGAGAUGUUUGUAUUUCUUCUAGGCUAUUGAUUAAGCUGUUGAUUCUGCCAAUCUUUAUGACGUCCCUAUGAGCAUUUGGCCUUA